UUAAUAAAAUAGUCCAAUGAACUUUUUAGUUAGUCAACGAUACCAGCAAUCCUGUAGACAGAUAUGAAAUUGCUGGACGAGGGAUAAUAUUUUAUCUGCAUCAUGUGUCUCACAGCAUUCCAAUAUGCUUGAAAUUCCGUAUUAGAAGAGAUUACAUUGUUGGAAAUGUACAAGCCAGUGUCAUCAAGGUUUAUGAUUAUUAUAAUAAUGAUGAUUCUUGCACAAAAUUCUACAGUCCCGAUUCUAACAGCCCAUUGUUGAGAACUAUUUGUGAAGAUUCUGUUUGUGAAUGUGCAGAAGGAGGAUGUCCACUGCAGAAACCAUUUACUGAAGUUUCUGAAUUAAUUGGUUCUUCAAAACAAAGGCAGCGUUUAUUAUGGAUGGCCUGUGAAGAACACGAUUAUGUGUGGUUGGGAAAAAUUAAUAAAUUACGAGCAGAAAAUGGAUUUCUAUAUAUUGAUUUUGUAGUUUCUGCAGUCUUGAAAGCAGGAAUUGAACCAAAAGAAGAUAUAGAAGGUUCUCACAGAGAACUCAUGAUGAGAGACGCUUGCAAGAAAUCCCAUUUAUUCAUCGAACACGAGUAUCUAAUAAUGGGAAGAGAUGGAGCAAGAUAUGAAAACAAAAUUACUAAAGAACUUAGUUAUCGAUACUUAGUGGACAAAACUACAAAAAUGCAAAGAUAUACAUCUUUAAUAAAAGAAGCAGAAGAUAAAAACCUUCAAAAGGCAAUGAUAUGGCUAAAAAAGGAACUUACCAAAAGCGGUUGCAGUUUGUAAAGAUACUCUUCACGUGACAAAGAAUUUAUAGAUUGUGAUCAAAUGUAUAUUUUAAUGACGAUUAAAUAAAGAUUUAAAAAUUGUA